GACACAGAGUCCGUCAAGCAGCAAACCGAGUCUUCCACCAUCACACGUUUGGAGAAGGAUGCUAUUAGGCAUCAGGGACUCCUGCCAUUCCACUCCGUCAUCAUCAUCAACUCAUCGUUCAUCAUCGUCGUCAUCGAUGAAGAAGCGGAUACCAUUUAAGCAGGAGUUCUCUUUGGAGGAGAGGAAGACGGAAUCGAAAGAAAUUCUCUCUGAAUAUCCUGAUCGAGUUCCGGUGAUUGUUGAAAGAUAUUCAAGGACUGACCUCCCAGAGUUGGAGAAGAGAAAGUAUUUGGUCCCAUGUGAUAUGGCCUUUGGGCAAUUUAUCCAUGUCUUGAGUGUCCGGCUUCAUCUUGCUCCUGGAAAGGCCUUAUUUGUGUUUGUCAAGGACACUUUGCCUUCAUCUGCUAGCCUGAUGGGUUCCAUUUAUGACACUUGCAUGGAUGAAGAUGGUUUCCUUUAUGUGUGCUACAGCAGUGAAAAGACGUUUGGCUAAUGAUUCAUUUCAUAAGUUCUGUAAAAAUGUGUUCAUGGGUGGUCCAUUGUAUAUUAAAUGCUGGGCGUUACCCUAGUAAUCAAUACCUGCAUAACAGGAACAAUCUGUAAGAUCAGACUUGUGCAGAUUAGGUUCCACAUAAAAAAUGGUUAAAACUGCACCCUCAAUCUUCUGUAUCAGAACUAUACACAAAUAAUGUUGAAAAAAAUCAUGUUAGUCAUAAAUAUACAUACUUCCCCUAACAGAAAAAUAAUGGACGUCAUAGAAUUGUGUAUGGUUCUUUA